GAUGGAGGCGCCAGCGGGAGACUCAUCAGCGCGGGGCUACUGCCCCCCGCCCGCACCCGCGCCCCCCACGGAAAGGAAGAAGAGCCACCGCGCGCCGUCGCCAGCCCGGCCCAAGGACGUGGCCGGCUGGUCUCUGGCCAAGGGCCGCCGCGGCACAGGCCCGGGCGCCGCUGCAGCUUGUGGCGCUGCGUCCUCAGUGAGGCCGGACAAGAAGGGGCGCACGGUGACGCCCGGCGCCCGGGGCGCAGGGCCACGGGUGGCCGGGGUGCGCACGGGGGUCCGAGCCAAGGGCCGCCCUCGUCCGGGUACUGGGCCGCGCCCGCCGCCGCCGCCGCCCAGCCUCACCGACAGCAGCUCGGAGGUGUCGGACUGCGCGUCGGAGGAGGCGCGCAUUCUGGGCCUGGAGCUGGCGCUGAGCAGCGACGCCGAGUCUGCGGCGGGUGGCCCGGCGGGGACCCGCACCGGGCAGCCGCCCCAGCCCGCACCGUCGGGGCAGCAGCCUCCGCGGCCGCCCGCCUCCCCAGAUGAGCCGUCUGUGGCCGCAUCGUCGGUGGGCAGCAGUCGCAUGCCACUCAGCGCCUCGCUCGCCUUCUCCGACCUCACCGAGGAGAUGCUGGACUGCGGGCCCGGCGGCUUGGUGCGGGAGCUGGAAGAACUGCGCUCGGAGAACGACUAUCUCAAGGACGAGAUUGAGGAGCUCCGGGCUGAGAUGCUGGAAAUGCGGGAUGUCUACAUGGAGGAAGACGUGUACCAGCUACAGGAGCUGCGGCAGCAGCUGGACCAAGCCAGCAAGACCUGUCGUAUCCUGCAGUACCGGCUGCGGAAAGCUGAGCGCCGUAGCCUCCGUGCUGCCCAGACAGGCCAGGUGGAUGGUGAGCUCAUCCGUGGUCUGGAGCAGGACGUCAAGGUCUCUAAGGACAUCUCCAUGCGGCUCCACAAGGAGCUGGAGGUGGUGGAGAAGAAGCGCGUGAGGCUGGAGGAGGAGAACGAGGGGCUCCGGCAGAGGCUCAUCGAGACAGAGCUGGCCAAACAGGUGCUGCAGACAGAGCUGGAGCGUCCCAGAGAGCAUUCCUUGAAGAAAAGAGGAACCCGGUCUCUGGGGAAGACAGAUAAGAAGCCCACCGCACAGGAGGACAGCGCAGACCUGAAAUGCCAGCUGCAUUUCGCGAAAGAGGAGUCGGCCCUCAUGUGCAAGAAGCUUACCAAGCUGGCCAAGGAGAACGACAGCAUGAAGGAGGAGCUGCUCAAGUACCGCUCCCUGUAUGGGGACUUGGACGCAGCCCUGUCCGCAGAGGAGCUGGCGGAUGCUCCACACUCCCGGGAGACAGAGCUGAAGGUGCACCUGAAGCUGGUGGAGGAGGAGGCCAACCUGCUGAGCCGGCGCAUCGUGGAGCUGGAGGUGGAAAACCGGGGCCUCCGGGCCGAGAUGGACGACAUGAAGGACCACGGGGGCAGCGGGGGCCCCGAGGCCCGGCUGGCUUUCUCUGCUCUGGGUGGUGAGUGCGGGGAGAGCCUGGCAGAGUUGCGGCGCCACCUGCAGUUUGUGGAAGAGGAGGCUGAGCUGCUGCGGCGCUCCUCGGCAGAGCUGGAGGACCAGAACAAGUUGCUGCUGAACGAACUGGCUAAAUACCGCUCAGAGCAUGAGCUGGACGUGACGAUGUCGGAGGACAGCUGCUCCGUGCUCAGCGAGCCCUCUCAGGAGGAGCUGGCGGCUGCCAAACUGCAGAUCGGCGAGCUCAGCGGCAAGGUCAAGAAGCUGCAGUAUGAGAACCGUGUGCUUCUCUCCAACCUGCAGCGGUGUGACCUGGCCUCCUGCCAAAGCACACGCCCCAUGCUGGAGACGGAUGCUGAGGCCGGGGACUCUGCACAGUGCGUACCUGCCCCUCUGGGCGAGGCACUGGAGCCCCACACUGCCAGGCUCUGCAGGGCCCGCGAGGCCGAGGCGCUGCCUGGACUGCGGGAGCAGGCCGCCCUAGUCAGCAAGGCUAUCGACGUCCUGGUGGCUGAUGCUAAUGGCUUCUCGAUUGGCCUCCGGCUAUGCCUGGACAAUGAGUGUGCAGACUUGCGGUUGCACGAGGCACCUGAUAACAGCGAGGGCCCCAGGGAUGCUAAGCUCAUCCAUGCCAUCUUGGUGCGACUGAGCGUGCUGCAGCAGGAACUGAACACUUUCACACGCAAGGUGGAUGUGGCCUUGGGGAGCUCUGGCAAGGAACAGUCUGAGCCCUUCCCUGCGCUGCCUGCCUUGGGCUCCCAGGGACCCUCCAAGGAGAUCAUGCUGGCCAAAGACCUUGGCUCUGACUUCCAGCCUUCUGACUUCAGAGACCUGCUGGAAUGGGAGCCUAGGGUCCGAGAGGCUUUCCGUGCUGGUGACUUGGACUCCAAGCCUGACCCCAGUCGGAACUUCAGGCCUUAUCGAGCUGAAGAUAAUGAUUCCUAUGCCUCUGAGAUCAAGGAGCUUCAGCUGGUUCUGGCAGAGGCCCAUGACAGCCUCCGGGGCUUGCAAGAGCAGCUGUCCCAGGAGCGGCAGCUCCGGAAGGAGGAGGCCGACAGCUUCAACCAGAAAGUGGUCCAGCUAAAAGAAGACCAGCAGAGGGCGCUGCUGAGGCGGGAGUUUGAGCUGCAGAGUCUGAGCCUCCAAAGGAGGUUGGAGCAGAAAUUCUGGAGCCAGGAGAAGAACAUACUGGUGCAGGAGUCCCAGCAAUUCAAGCACAACUUCCUUCUGCUCUUCAUGAAGCUCAGGUGGUUCCUGAAGCGCUGGCGGCAGGGCAAGGUUCUGCCCCACGAGGAGGAUGACUUCCUGGAGGUGAACAGCAUGAAGGAACUGUACCUGCUGAUGGAGGAAGAAGAGAUGAGUGCCCAACACUCGGAUAACAAGGCCUGCGCAGGGGACAGCUGGACCCAGAACACGCCUAAUGAGUACAUCAAAACCCUGGCCGACAUGAAGGUCACGCUGAAGGAGCUGUGCUGGCUACUCCGGGACGAGCGCCGGGGUCUGACCGAGCUUCAGCAGCAGUUCGCAAAGGCCAAGGCCUCGUGGGAGACGGAGCGGGCAGAGCUCAAGGGCCAUGCCUCGCAGAUGGAGCUGAAGGCUGGGAAGGGUGCCAGCGAGAGGCCCGGGCCCGACUGGAAGGCUGCUCUGCAGAGGGAGCGGGAGGAGCAGCAGCACCUCCUGGCCGAGUCCUACAGUGCAGUCAUGGAGCUGACACGGCAGCUGCAGAUCAGCGAGCGCCACUGGAGCCAGGAGAAGCUGCAGCUGGUGGAGCGACUGCAGGCCGAGAAGCAGCAGGUGGAGCAGCAGGUGAAGGAGCUGCAGAACCGUCUCAGUCAGCUGCAGAAGGCUGCCGAACCCUGGGUCCUGAAGCACUCUGACCUGGAGAAGCAGGACAACAGCUGGAAAGAGACACGAAGUGAGAAGAUCCACGACAAGGAGGGUGUUUCUGAAGCUGAGCUUGGGGGACCUGGCUUAAAGAGGACCAAAUCAGUUUCCUCCAUGUCUGAGUUUGAAAGUUUGCUCGACUGCUCCCCUUACCUUGCUGGUGGAGAUGGGCGGAACAAGAAGCUGCCCAACAGCCCCGCUUUUGCCUUUGUGAGUACUGAGCCGGUGGAGCCCGAGAAAGAUGCCAAGGAAAAGCCUGGGCUGUCCACCCGGGACUGCAACCGCAUGGGUACGCUGGCCUGCCAGGAGCCUGCAGGGAGGCCCAUGCAGCGCAGCUACACUGCUCCAGACAAGACGGGCAUCCGAGUCUACUACAGUCCCCCAGUGGCCCGGCGCCUGGGCGUCCCUGUGGUGCACGACAAGGAGGGCAAGAUCCUCAUUGAACCAGGCUUCCUCUUCACCACAGCCAAGCCCAAGGAGUCAGCCGAGGCAGACGGGCUGGCUGAGAGUUCCUAUAGCCGGUGGCUUUGCAACUUCUCCCGGCAGCGCCUGGAUGGAGGAUCUGGGGGCAACACCUCGGGUUCUGGACCUGCUUUCCCUGCAGCCUUGCAUGACUUUGAAAUGUCAGGCAACAUGAGUGAUGACAUGAAGGAGAUCACCAACUGCGUACGGCAGGCCAUGCGCUCUGGCUCGCUGGAGAGGAAGGUAAAGAGCACGUCCAGCCAGACGGUGGGUCUGACCAGUGUGGGCACGCAGACCAUCCGGACAGUCAGUGUGGGCCUGCAGACUGACCCUCCCCGCAGCAGCCUCCACAGCAAGAGCUGGUCACCCCGCAGCUCCUCGCUUAUGUCAGUACGCAGCAAGCAGAUCUCCUCCUCCCUGGACAAGGUCCAUUCGCGCAUUGAGCGGCCGUGCUGCUCGCCUAAGUAUGGCUCACCCAAGCUCCAGAGGCGAUCAGUGUCCAAGCUGGACAGCACCAAGGACCGCAGCCUGUGGAACCUGCACCAAGGCAAGCAGAAUGGCUCAGCCUGGGCCCGCUCCACCACCACACGGGAUAGCCCAGUGCUGAGGAACAUCAACGAUGGGCUGUCCAGCCUCUUCAGUGUGGUGGAGCACUCAGGGAGCACCGAGUCCGUCUGGAAACUGGGCAUGUCUGAGGCCCGAACCAAGCCCGAGCCUCACAAGUAUGGCAUUGUGCAGGAGUUCUUCCGGAAUGUGUGUGGCCGCGCACCAAGCCCCACUACUGCAGUAGGAGAGGAGAGUUCCAAGAAACCAGAGCCCCUCUCCCCUGCCAGCUAUCAUCAACCUGAGGGUGUAGCCAGGAUCCUGAAUAAGAAGGCAGCCAAGGCAGGUGGCAGUGAAGAGGUCAGACCCACUAUGCUCUCCCAGGUCGGGAAGGAUGGUGUCCUUCGGGAUGGAGACGGAGCCUUGAUCCUUUCCAGUGAGGAUGCUGUUUGUGACUGUAGUGCCCAGUCGCUGGCCUCCUGCUUCGUCCGGCCAUCCCGCAACACCAUCCGACACUCUCCUUCCAAAUGCAGGCUGCACCCUUCAGAGUCAGGCUGGGGCGGGGAGGAGAGGGCAGCCCCGCAGUGAGCCACAGAGCCGCCAAGCUCCUACCCGAGCACCCCAGACUCUGGAGAUGAGGCAAGAGGUCGUCCUCAGCCUCACUCUGCCCAGGGGGAACAGAAGCUGUGCCACUGCCAGAGAAGAGCUUUUCAAGGUGAUACAGGGUGUCCCACUGACGGCUGGGAGAUGACCUCUGAUUUCCAGGGGAAGGCAGUGAGCAGGAGAAAGACCAAACCUGAGUGAUCAGGACUGGGCCUUGAAAGCACCUGAAAAGCUCUGCAAGUCACCUCUGGGUCCCAAAGAGGGCCUGGCACCACCCACACCACUUCUUAGAAGGAUCCAGAAAAGGAGGCCUUUCUGGCCAGGCUCCAGGAAUGGGGCUUACAGGGAUGCGCCCUACUGACCACAUGUGGAGAAGCCACUGAGAAGAUUGGGUUUUGCUUAAGGUCCAGCUUGACGCUCUUGGAUGAGCUGGGCUGGGCAGUGUCACCGUCACUCCUGCUUCCUCCCCCCAGCCCUGCUGAUGCGGUUGCUAGGCCUUCUUGGAGGAGAGAAGGGGGAUAUGAUAGAGCAGAAGCCAGGGCCAAGUACACUUGGAAUCCUGGAGCCCUGGAUCCCCCUGCCUGCACUCACAUGUAGCAAGAACUGGGAGGCAGGUAGGAGUGUGUAACGUAUAAGGUUCAGAGUUGGAGGCCAGAAGAGCUGGUUGCCUUGUUAAGGUGACUUGAAGGCCCAACUUUCUUAGGAGACUCCAUGAGAACAGAAAUGGGUAGGGUCCAUCUCAACACCUGAUGCCGAGGUAAAAGCCUACAUGCCAUGCCUUGAUCCCUAGGGCCUCUUUCUUGGUAGCAGAUGGCUGCCACAAUCCUGCAGCAAGUAGGGGGCAGAAAUGCUCCCUUUGAGAGACUCUAUUGGUCAGGUCAGGCCAGAGAGAGCUUCAAGAGGCCAGUGUCCCAGGACACAGCCCAAGACAAGGGCCUACAAACAUUUCUUGCCUAGAUUGUUUAUUUGAAUUUUUCAUACUAUAAAUAUUUAAGGUGAUUUACUUUAUUUUAAUAAUUUAACUUACCCCCCAAAGCCCUUAAGGUAAUUUAUUAGAGGUAUUCUUGCCACUGGGACAACGUGGGGCUUGUGACACCAUGGAGUCCCCCAUGUGGCUGAGGCAGCUCAGCACCAGGCUCAGAUCGCCUGGUUUUGUCAGAAGGGCCCCUUGGCAGAACUGGGGCUCUGUACCUUAUUCCCCCAAUACCACUGACCAUUUAGUCUCGGAUCACUACAUUUUACUCAUUACCCGGUACUUGGUCUGGCCUCUAUGAGCCAGGCUGUAAAUGCUUCAGACGAAGUGUAGGCCAGAAUGAUGUCUCCACUCCCCUGACAGCUUCCAUGAUCCUUCACACCCCUCGCCUCCCCCCAGCACCUUUUCUCACAAGUCAAACAUAGAUGGCUGCAGCUCUGUUCCGAGCACAGCCACCCCUCCAUGCUCCCCAUGUAAGAACUCGUACGAAAGCAGGAUGGACUUGUAGAAUGCUGCCUAUUGCAGCUUUGCACGUGGAUCUGAGAGUGUCUGCCAGCCUGCCAGCCUGUUCACCAGCCCUUCUCGUAGCCUUACAGCCACUCGUGGCUCCUCUUCUAGCCCCAGCUCUGCUCCCUGUCCUUCCUGUCCCUAAGAGUCGCCUGAGCCACGCCAGUGUAACUCAAACUGCAGUAUAGGGAGCUCACAUGCCUCCCCUUGGUGCCAAUGAAUCAAUUCCAGUUGUACAGGUGAUGUGCUGCCCUCCUGUUCCUGGCUGGGGAUCCAGACUCAUCCAAGGAUGCAUUGGCUUUUGUGCAGAGUCCCCACCAGAAAGGCAGAGAGCCAACUGCAAGGCUAGUUUCCUCCAGCAUUAGGGAGAUGCCUCUGCACUCCCACCUACCAGAUUCCAGGCUACCUUUUUAGGGACACCUGGAACAGUUACCCAAAGCCCCUCGACCCCAUUCCCUAUGGGCAGUAUAUCAGGGUCAGUCCAUCCCACCAGCUGUUGCCUCGUGUCCCAAUGGGCAGAGUCAGCAGGCCAGUGGACCGUGGGCCUGGUCCCUCCAGGAUGCUACUGCUCUCCUUCAAGAGGUCAGAGACCCCUCAAAGGUUAUCUCCAGCUGAGGGGACCACACCAGGCCACAAGCCACCAGAGGCCUUCUGCCACCUCCCAGAGCUGCUGAGAGCCAGGGAGGCUUGAAGAAAAGUCCCCAUAGACCUGCACCCCAGGGCUUAGGGGCCACUCAGCCUUACCAUCGUGUCCCAUUUGGGUUGUUGUGCGUUACCAAUGUCUCAGCACCUGGCCCCUGUGGCCCCCAGCAGGUGUUGCAAGCUCCAAGUCUUGGUUUUCAGUCCCUGUUUCUAAUUCCUGCUUGCCACUGUGCAAGGCCACUUGUCACCGUCCCUAUAGAAGCUCUGGACACAGGGCUUGAUGGGGUUGAAAUGUUACAUGUAAAUAUUGGUUUGGUUUGACCUUUAGCAUUUUACUUGGUAACUGGUUCUGUUUCCUUUUGGGGGGUGGAAGGGUUGGUUUGUAAAUCUCUCUACUCUUUUGAAAUGUAAUUUCUAAGUUUGUUUGUUUCUUCAAAUGCCUUUUAUGUCUUGGUAACAUUCCCAAAGCAGAAAACUGCCUGGCCUACAUGGGAUACUCCCCUGGAGGCCUGGGGUUGUGGGAAGGAGCAAUGCCCUUUCUCCCAAUCCAUCCUCUUUCUGUUCACCUCUGCCUUUCUCCUUCUUUUCCUUCAGCCCUCUACCUCCCCCUCUUCUCUCCUCCCUUCCUCUCUCCCUCCUUCCUUCCUCCCCCCUGUCUCUUUCUCUCAACCAAUGUCCCAAGGAACCUUGGGGUCCCAGUCCUCUAUUGCCUGGCUUAGGCCCACAGGGUUGACACAAGUUGGCUGGGGGCGUGAGGUUGAGUUACAUGAUUGAAACUAAACUAUGUCUUGUCUCUUCCCAGGGCUAAACCAAGUUAGAUCAUCUUGGAGGCAAUGGUGAUGGGUUUUGAAAUGAAAUUCAGAGCUCUUGGGGCCCCCGACUGAAUAAGGCAUCGGAACCCAUUUCCCUUUGCCUUGUAUCCUUCCUCUCAGUUCUUAGUCAAGCCACCAAGGCUUGUUCUCUAGGAGCUCAGAUUGGGCCCUAUCUCUUGGUCUCUCCAGGGAUAUUCAUCUACCACCUGGCCGCCAGGUGACAAAACUAAGUUCUCAAAAGACUUGACCUUCCGGCUGCCACCAUGCCACUCUGUGUACCUUUCAUGGAUAUGUCCAUCACUCAGCUUUGUCUUUUGCCCAGAGACUACCAGAGUCUUCCUCUUCCCCACCCUCCCAGAACGGAUGCCAUUCCAUUAACUGUCCACUAGCUCCCUCUUGUAGUAGCAACCUCCUUGUAGUAACAACCAUCCCUACACCGGACUCCCUAGAGUACUUUACUGUUUAGAGACCUCCUCAGGUCUCUCAAGGGCAACUCUUAGAGACAGUUUUGACAGCUCAGGGCUUAGUGCUCUUGUUCUGAAAACGAGAAAACAGAUACAGUUCUCAUGGCUGAGCCUAGAACCAGGAAGUCAUCAACUUUCAAUUAGACUCCUUCCUCCUUUCUGUACAAAUUCACGGCAAGACAAGAGCCCUAAGCCCUGAGCUGGGAUAUUGGGGUGCGGGUGUCUCAGCCAAACUCUGCUUUAGAUAAAUUACCCCAAGAAUUUCCAAAUGGCACCAAAACCAGUGUUCCACCCUAGUCACUUGUUUGAUAAAAUAACAAAGCUAGAAAGCUGAGGCUGAUGGCACGGCCCUUUAACCCCAGCUACUCAGAGGCUGAAGCAGGAGGAUCAGGCUCAAAGCCUGCUUAGGCUACAGAGUUAGUUUGUGGUCAGCCUGGGCAGUUUUCUGAGGACUUGUCUCAAAAUAAUGAUUUUAGAAAGUGCUGGGUAGCUCAGUGGUAGAUGCUUGCCUCCCAUGUGUGAGGCCCUGGGUUCUUUACCUGGUAUUGGAAAACAAAGAACUAGAAAAAUCAAAGGGGGAGGACUGGGGGCAUCUCAGUAUCUCAGUAGUAGAGCACUUGCAUAGCAUGUGAAAAAAGAAAAGAAAUGUUCCCCAAUCUACCUACUAUAACCCCAUAGAUACACAAUUUAAAUUACACCCCCAUACACACACACACACUUUUUGUUUGUCUGUUUUUGUUUUUAGACAUGAUGGUGCUAUGUAUCCCUUUCAGAUCUGGAAAUUGCUAUGUAGACCUUAAACUUGUAGUAAUUCUCCUGCCUCUGCCUCCCAAGUUUAGUUAACUAAUAAUUGACAGGCAUAUACCACCAUACACAGCCUUAAAUUUCAUUCUGGAGUUUUCAAAGACUGGGGAGCUGGUUCGUGUUUUACCUAAGACAAAGCAUGUUUUCCAGGUGACUAUUUACAAAAUAAUAAACUGCCACCAACUCGAAUGACCUUGGCCAAAUCACAUAGCUAGCCUGUGCCUCAGUUUCCCCAGUUAUAAAGUGGUGGCUGUGGUAAAGGCCAAAUGCAUCUUGCCUGUUUAUCUCCCAAGAAAGGCUGAAGUUCUAUAUAAAUCUUAAAUCUGGCCCACACUCUACAGACAUUGAGCCCCGCAGUGACCUAACUCCAGUGAUGCCAUGUACCGCCUUCUCUCAUUGUCCAGCCUUAAAUAAGUAGACCGGAACCACAAGAGAAUCUCAACCAACCUGCUCACUUUUUUUUUUUUUUUUUUUUUUGGUUUUCCGAGACAGCGUUUCUCUGUGGCUUUGGAAGCUGUCCUGGAACUUGCUCUGUAGACCAGGUUGGUCUCAAACUCACAGAGUUCUGCCUCUGCCUCCUGAAUGCUGGGAUUAAAGACGUGCGCCACCACUGCCUGGCUCCCGCUCACAUUUUAAGCUGCUACGUUAGUCCUUUUAAGUAAGUGUGCAUUGCUUGUGUGUGUGUGUGUGUGUGUGUGUGUGUGUGUACAUGAGUGCACACACAUGCCCACACACUGGAAUUGAGACUCAGCAUGUGAGACAAGAACUUUACCAUUGAGAUACAUCUUCAACACCCAAGAGGCUUUUAAAAAAUUAUUUACUUUGAGACAGUGCCUCCUAUAUCAUCAUUUGGCCUCCAACUCACUGUGCAACCAAGGAUGAACUUGAACUCUAGAUCUUCCUGUUUCUAUCUCCACUGGCAUUUGCCACAACCCGGACCUUAAGUGUCUUUUAUGUACAUUCACAAUAUUGUGUCACCACUACUAUCUUCAGAACUUUUUCUUGGCCCCAAACUGAAAUUGUACCCCCUCAUAAUAAUUAAUAACUGACCCCCAAACAAUAAUUCCCCCCUCUCCCGCUCCAGGGCUGAAUGACCUCUGCUCUACUUCCUUUUUGCGCUGGUCUGUUUUAGGUACUGGUCAUGUAGACAGAAUCCUACAUUUAUCCAUGUCGUCGCACCCUUCAUGUUUUACACAUGGAGAAGGGAGUGGCUUGUCCAAGGCCUCACAGCAAGGCAGGGGAGGAGCUGCAGCACAUCCCAGGACUCCUGACUCUCAGAAGGUCCUGUACAGAGUGUGUGAAGCGUGCUCUGGGGACUCGGCCGAACCCCAUCUUCCACCUCAUACCCACCCCGCCUUUAUCAUCCUUAGAUUGCCCUCUUCUUGCCACCCCUUUUUAGCUGGUUUCUACCACCAGAUGAAGUAGUCCUAGCCGAGGACCAGCUUUUCUUCUCUGGGACUCUGGGAUUUCUACAACGCCAGCCCUCAGCUCUCCUAUGUCCUCUCUGGUACACUUUUCCCUCUUAGGGACUUUCGUCUGACCUUGGCAAUCCUCUUCCUGUCCCUAAAAACUCACAUCCCACCCCAUCAGGGAAGUGCUAUGUCCAGUUGGUCUUAUAAUUUCAAGGUUUGCUCUUAGGUCUGAAAUUAUCCAGACUUGUGUUUAUUUUGUAUUUUUUUCUUACUAGAGGGAUGCCUCUUUGUUACAUGCAUCAUGCAAUGCGUCUCUUCCACCCUUCUCAUGCAUCAACAUCUCUUCACCCUUCUCAUCAGACUGAUCCCACCCCAGCAGCCUCCCAGUCCAGAAAACCUCCAGUCCCACCCGAGUCUCUGCCUCCUGUCUUCCCUGCUUCUCCCAAUAACCGUCACAUCACCUUCCCCUGGGAGGAUAUGUGAUGGACACGAAGCUGGUGUUCACCUUUGGGUCUUCUCUGUCCUGCCCACUCUCGGUGGCCUUGGUAUAGAGCAGAAGUUUGACUUCCUUUUCUUUGGUUUUGUGUCUCUCUGUCCAUCCUGUCUUUCACGUCCCCCAGAUCAGCUCAUCUUGGCAGAGCCUUGCCCUCCUGAACCAACAGCAUUUGCAGUUUGCAGAAUCCACAGACCCAUUAAAGGCAACUGAGGGCAUGAUACUGGGCCACAGCUCCUGCUCAGGGCUCCUCUGCCAUCUGACGACUUCCCUUCCUCACCCUCCCGGGAGCCUUCUCUUCCCUUUGUCCACCCCAUUGACCCUGCUCUCCCCUUGCUGCCCUUCACUAGCUCCCUGGACCAAAGGAAGGAGUCUUUGGUUUCCUCUGAAUAUUAUGGCAGGACUGAGACAGGCGGAGUCUGGAUUCCUUGUCACUCCACAUCCAAAGUCACCUAUGCCACGUCUACAAAGAGAAACCUCAGCUAGCAGUCUGGAAACCUACCCCAAGUUUGAGCGUCCCAGUUUUAUGGUCCUCCCAGGAGCACCAGGAUGACCCUAUGGACUUCAAAUAUCCUUUGCAUUUUGGGAUCCUGCAGUCUCCACUGGAUCCUUUGGGCCCUGGCACCCCUGGCUCUUCUCUUGGCUCUGCCAUUGAUCUCUGUGCCUUAUUUUACUUCUUUGCACAGGGGAGGGGGGCUCACCCACCACAACACCAUUCCUAGCAUCCAUCUACAUCUUUUGGUACCUCUAUAGCUGGGCCUUGCCAACAUGGCUUGCCUUAGGAGUACCAGGUUGCCAAGGCAACUGGAGGUACCACUGGAGACUAGUGCCUCUCAAACUCUGUCCCAGCAGUAGAAGCCUCACCAGGAAAGUUGACAGAAGUGCAGAUUGUUGGUCCCAUCCAAGACCCUCUGAAGCAGGCCCAGCAGCUUGGGGGUUUGAAAGAGCCUCUGAGUCAUUCUGAUGUAGACAAAUUUGCCAGCAACAACAACAAGGGUGUUGGCCUAGGUGAACUGUCAGUUCAGUUUGGGAAGACUGGGCCUGGCCUGGGCUAAGAACAAUGGAAAACAGUCAGACAGACUUGUAGAGUCAGGGCCUCUGCCUCCAAUAAAAAAUCACUGUGGCAUCUCUGUAUCCUAUUUGUGGAAGCCGGGAUGGGGAUGGGACAGUCCAGCUCACCAUCCCCCACCAAUUUUGGUUUGGGGAAAUCUGUAUAGGGGGUCACAGCAGGUAAGGCAAGGGGGAGAGUCCCCAAGGCAGAAGGCAAAAGUGUCCUCUCUUUUCUCCACCCGGGUCCUCACCAUCGCCAGAGGGAAGAAACUGGCUGCAGGAAGAAAAGCCCCCUCACCAUCAGCACUCCCACACUGGACAUCUUUAUCCUCCCAAUCCCAAGGAGACCCGUAGACAGUGCCAAAAACCAGUUCCAAACCCCAGCGCCUGGGAAAGAGCUAGAAGCUGCCUUUCCUCCUCAUUCUGUCUCCCCUCCCCCACCUGGCCAAUACUGUGAAGUCCCUUCUUGCUCAGCCUGGGGAGGGUCCUGCAGUCGUGGGCCCUGGGGGACCCCUCAGGAGGGAAGGGACCAAGGGCAUCCUUGGGCCAACUAUCCACCUCCCCCUUCCACUGUUCUCCCCUCCUCCUCCUCCUUCUCUUCUUCCUACCACUACCCCCAUCCCCCUUUCUGUCUUUAAAGGCUCCUUCCUGGGAUGGAUUGGGUGACAGGAGGACAGCCGUCUAGUCCACCUGCUCUCCUCGCCCUGUGUCUUAUUUCAGACAUGAGAACUGUACAGUGUAAACUUACAAAGUGUUUUUAAUGGUUGUAGAUUGGAAAUAAAGUAUGUCAUAUAAA